AUGCCGUACCAGUACGCGACCCCGACGCGACCUCCGACGCAUGCCCCGCGACCAGGAUACCCGCCGCAAGCUCACCCGCAACAUGCGGCGCACGCGCAGCCCCAGCGGCCGCAGGUCUACCAACUGCCGCUGCAGUAUCCCGACGGACCGCUCGGCUUCUUCCUUCCUCCGCCGGGACAGCGCACGCUUGAUCCGACACUGCAGACCCCGCCGGCGACGCAGGGCCUGUUCACGACGUACCCGUCGCGUCUGCGGACGGGAGUCACGUCGCUGAUGCAGCCUGAGAAUGCAGAGGGCGGACCGAAAGAGCGUGAAGCCUGGAGCGAGCAGUUCGAUAUCGACGAAGCUGCUCGGAGUUCUGGCGCCAACACGCCCAGGACGGACAGCCCCGCGCCCCGGUUAAGCCGCACCACGACGACGACGCUUAGCGGGCGUCGUGCAGGACGGGUCAACUAUGCCGAGAAGGAGAGCUCGGAUGAGGAGGAGGAGGAAAGCGAGGAGGAGAUUGAAGAGGCUGCGUCUGACCCGGAUGACGACACGUAUGGAGAAAGGAAGAGGAAGAAGGAUGACCUCGUCCAGCAGCAGAAAGUCAUCAAGCGCAAAAAGCGCGAGGAGCAGGCAAAGACGUGGACGUGGAUCGGUGACCGCGUACCCGCUGAGCGUGUCACGAGCUCGCUCGCGCCGCGGUCGCGCAUGGAGGUGCAAUCCGAGGAAAAGCUUCAGGCGGAGGCGGGACGCGCCGAGGCGCUCGUCCCGAUCAGCAUCGACUACGACAUUCCCGACCCUAACGGGGAAGGCAAGGGACUCAAGAUUAAGGAUCGGUUCCUGUGGAAUGCGUCCGAGCCGUUUGUCAAGCCGUUCGAGUUUGCGACCAUCUUCUGCCACGACGUCGGCAUCCACGAGAACAACGCCGCGACGAUAGCCGAGCUCAUCAUGUCGCAGGUCGAGGAGCAGCAGAAUGCGGUCGCAAUUGACCUCGCUACGCGCGAUGUGACGCCCGACGACGUCGUGUUCUCGGAUGACGAGUCUCCUGCCGACGACGAGUACCCCGAGCCCGACUGCCGCAUCAUCGUCAACCUCGACUUGCAGAUCUUCCAGCACGUGCUCCGCGACCGCAUCGAGUGGGACCUGUCCUCUCCCCUGCCGCCAGCAGAGUUUGCGCGGCACUACUGCGCCGAGCUCGGCCUGACGGGCGAGGCGGUGCCCAUAGUCGCGCACGCGAUCCACGAGGAGCUGAUCAAGCACAAGCGCGACGCGCUCGAGAUGGACCUCUUCGCGCAGACGCAUCCCGGAGAACAGGCCAAGUGGGAGCGGACAGGAGGACAGCCCAAGACCAACUCGCGCACGGGAGCCAAGGGCCUCGUGGGUGUGUGGCGCGACUGGUGGGAGAGGGACGAAUUUUCGCCCCUCCUGUUCGAGAUCAGCCACGACGACAUGGUCAAGCGUGAGCAGGAGCGGAGCCGUGAGGCGCGGCGUAUCAUGCGCACGCUGCAUACGAGUAAGAGGAGGAGAUAG